AUGGAGAACGAACCGCCCACCGAGGGCCGCUCCUCGCGACGUGACCGCCUGAUGGGGAAACUGUUUGGAAGCAGCAGCGUCGGUAGGGAGAGGAAAAUGACAAACGAAGAGAGUGCCAACGAGAUCUCCUCCUUCCUGGGCACCUCCGACAGGCUGCAGGUCACCCACCCGCCGCCGAGACCUCCCCCCUUUCAGAACACAGGGCCGCCGACACUAGCCCUCGACACGUCCAAGGCUGUUCGAUCCCAGAAACCUACCCACUUGGAGAAUCCGAAUCCCUCGUUACAGAGUCUCCGCGCCCGCUCCCACAGCCCACCACGCCCGCGGAAACACAAGGGACUGACUGUUCGCUUUGCCGACACAUACCCCGAGGUCAUGGGCGAAGGUGGAGAUGAGUGCCAGGCAGCCACUGUAGAAAUCGGCCGGAGGAAGAGAUCCAAGUCGGUGCCAUCAUCAGCACCCACGAAACAGGGUGUCCAAUACGCAAGACCGGGAGGCGCGUCCCAGGACACGCAAAAGGGCGAAGACAGCUUCAUACCUACUCCCAUUCGAAGAACACAGACCGGGUUCUCAUCAAUCUCGGAUUUCAACGCACAGGAUUCGAGUACGGCUCCCGCUCCAGCUCCCGCUCGUGCUCCUGAGCCUCCCAUGCCGCGUACGAUACCGGCCGGAGAGCCUGUACGAUCCCGUUUUCUGGACAUUGACAGUGGGAAAGACGAGAAUCGUCGCUCGUUCAUUGACGCUCACCAGCAGGAGCAGCGUCGGGCAGAGGGAAAGGCAUUGGCCGAGGCAAGGACUGCGAGUGCCAAUUCCCAACACGACUGGGACGAGCAGAACUCCUCUCCUGAACCAAUCCGUGAAACACAACCGCGCCGCAGAGACGUGCCGCCCCCAUCGACGGAGGAUUUCAAUUCGUCGUUAGCGAGAACCAAGUCCGCUCGAGCACCAGUGCCUCCACCCCCGUUAUCAGAGUCUGUAUCUACAAUGCUCCGAACCCAGUCCACGAGAUCUCCCCUGCCACCACCGCCAGCGCGUCGAUCGCCCCCGCAACCGCCGCCGGCACGAAAUCCAUCAGUGAGAUCGCCUCUGCCGCCUCUACCUACUCGGGAUCCAUCACCAAUGCGAGCACCAUCUACCAGAUCGCCGUUGCCGCCACUCCCAGCUCACGAGGCGCUGCCAAAGUCUGACCAUGAUCCUAUCAAGUCGCAGCGGCCCAUGUCCCCCGAAGAGCUACGGAUCAAUACGAACUCAGUUGAUGCGAGCCCUUCGUCCACAUACACGAACUCUGUUCACUCAACUUCCGAUCUCUCUUACAGGCCGACACCCAUCACCCAGAAUCCCGCGUCGCGGGGCUAUUUCCCCCCUUCGCCCGAGAGGACAAGAUCAAACUUGCACGAGGUGGUAGUUGCGGCAGGAGACGAUGCCUUCGAAACAUUCACUGCCCGUACCAAGCAUUUGAGCGAGCUAUUUCGUUUGUAUGCCGAACAACUCAAGCCUUUGGAAACUUGCCGUCCAGAUGACCUGUGCAGGGCUUCUUUGUGGUGGUUUUUGAAAGGGAGAACGGGUCUAGAGAUGACCAUCAGGAAUCGUCCAUCAGACCCCGACGAUCAGCGACACCUCAUGGCACGAUAUCAGGCCUACACCGAUUUGGCAAAAGCAUACUGGCUAACAGAAAAGGCACUUCCCGAGAUAGCAGAAGGCAAAUACAGCCCCGUGGAUGGAGAGUUAGGCGAGGUCAGACAGGCGAUUGUUUCCAACUUGAGGAAGCUGUCUGUGUCCAUGUCACGAAAUGGAUUUCUGCCACCCGAAGAGCCAUUCCUUCCUCAGACCAUGGACAAGUCCAUCUGGCUGGAGUAUCCCUCGCUAAGCCAGGAUAUCACUGCGCUUCUCAAUGGAGCAUGGGGAUCAGCUCUGGCUGUUGUGCAGCAACCCACUCGUACCAUGGAUCCACUUGACGCUUUACCUAUUGGCGACACUACCAAGCACUUCAACUACACACGAAUAACAGCUGAUGUGUAUUUGAUGGAGCAAGGCAUGGACUCUAUGCAGACCCGUUUUCCCUGUAUCCUAUCCGUGGUUCGCUCUCACAACGACUCGAGCCUGAACUUUGUUGUCGCGAGCCAGAACCGAUGUGUUUCAUUACGCGUACAGUCAGACAAGAAAGCAGGUGCGACGUGGCAAGAUCUAAAGUGGCGACCAGAUGCGAGCUCCCUAGAGAUCAAGAUGCCAAGAGGCUUCAUGCUGGUGAUUCGAUGCUCCCAGCCGGAGUUCAAGAUGCUGUGGGGCAUCUACGACUUCAGCACGAAAGUGCAAAGCUAUCUGUAUCCUCGGAAGGAUGAAAUAAUGACACACAGCAUUGCUCUCCGAGCAUUCCAUUAUUUCGACUCGAAUCCCCAAAGCCGGGCGUUCCCCAAGGAAGCCGUAGGACAAUGCCAGCUGGGCUUAUUCGAACGACUUCUGAAAGAGAAUAGCCCAACUGGAACCAGGACAUUUCAUCGCGGGUUCCGGGUUGCAGUGGUGACGGGACCGAGGAUCAGAACGCUCAGCGGCGUCACGCAUUUCUUUGCUCCGCAAUUGCCAGUCCAGUUUGCUCUGUUGCGUGGCGAUCAACGCGCGCCCCUUCUCCAGCUAGAUUUCAAUGACGGGAAGGAUAAGGGACGUAUGGUGCUGUCAUUCAACGACGACAAGGAGCGCGAAAAGAUGCUGAGACUUCUCAGUGGAAGCUAUGUUCAGCAGGACGAGGAGGUUGUCGCUGAUGUCCCACUGGAAGGCAUGAAUAUGUCAGAAGGACUUGCUGACACAAAGGGGGGCUUCGCGGCUAUCCAGCGACUACCGUGGCAACGUGCGCGCAUUAUCAAUGACAAGUACCUCGAGAACCCGCCAACCGUGCUGGCAGAAAAACUGAGAGUUGAAAUCGACUCGAUGGAUAAGAGUGGCGUCGGGGUUGUGAGCACUAUCACUGACCGAGUCAACGUCGGUCCUGGGGAGUUGAGGCUGAGACUCGGUACUCGAGAUAUCCUCACGCUGCAGGUCAUGCGACAGGCUCAAUUGGAUAUGACAGUCUCGUUGCUGGAAACCAGUGUGCCCAGAGACUCUUACCGGGAGUUUGCCAGUCUGCAGAAUACUAUCCAGCGCGGGCAGACUCUUCGCACCUACCGCUUCCCCAGCUUCAAAGACCUGCACGCCUUCCAAGCGGGGCUCACAGGAUACACGAUACUGUUUGACGGAAUUGCUUCAAGCAUGAACAUCUCGCGGCGGCGGAUGGUGGUGCCGAUCCAUAAGAAGUGGGAGGCUGGGACGACGCGUGUUCAGGUGGUGCAGCGGGAGAAGACGGUGCAGCUCCUCGCCUUCUUCGAAGAGUGGCACCAUGGCGAAUGCAUGGGUUUUGCGCUCAAGGGUACAGACGUGUUCGAAGCAUUCAGUCGAAACGGAAAAGCCGGCUUGAAACUAGCAGACGCAAAGUUCCCGCUUCCGAGAGUUCCGGCUGAAGGGGCGCCCAAGACGGACGACAUGGCCUUUAUUAGUCUCGACAUGCCGGAGUUCGCUGGCGAACAUGAUGACCUGACCAUCCUUUUUGAUGACAACAUGGAGCGAGACCGGCUUUGCGCGGUCCUGCCGGCUCCGGUCAAAGGGUCCCGGCUGAGCAGAGGCAAAUGA